CCGCAACCACUACUCAAUGCUUUAGUUAUGAUGAUUUAGUUGUCGACACUCCUUCUCCCUCGGUCUCCCUGGCAGAUUCGCUUUGUAGACGCUUUUAUACGCCCAAGCCUGCCGGCGUCUCGGAUUAUUGUUGUCGAGGAUAUUGACCGUCUUAGUUACACAAGCUCAGCUCAACGUUGCUGAUUUUGGUGCCAUCCCACGCCAGCCCGUUGUGCAGCCAGCCAUCACUGGCUUCAUAGUUCUACCCCUUCAUUCACGAUGUCGGGAAAUUACGAUUAUCCUCCUGCCUCGGACCGUCAAUAUCAUCGCAAUACAAACCCCGAAAGGUCGCAGUCCGGUCGGCAGUCCCAACUACAAAACCUACGAAAUCUACUUUCAGAACGGGCUCGUCGGCGGUCAGGCUCUAUUACCACAGCCCGUGCGUUGGAAACGCUAAAUCAGGAAAUCGAGCAGUUGCGACCCAGCCGGGUUCGACAUAGAUCCGCCUAUGAAGAGGGUCAGACCGAUGCUAAUACAGAACAAGAUCGUCAGCAGGGAAGUUCAUCAACAAGGAAUGCCGAUCAUAUUCGACGCCGAGUUUUGUAUCGUGAGCGAGAAAGGACCUCUAAUGCCAGCCCAUCAUCUGAAAGAGUGGAACAGGCGAUAGACUCGUUGAACAACCAACUGAGACUGCGAUGGUUAACGCCAGGCGAGGCUUUAUCUCGUAUUAGGGAGAGUCGGGCUAACCGGCCCAACAAUGAGAGCUCUGAUGAUUUUCCUCCAUUUCGUCUGCCUCCGGAAUUAGAACAAGCCGUUGCUAUAUCGAGAGCAAGGGAAAGUCGUACAAAUCGGAACAAUAAUUCGGAUUCUAGCGAGUUUUCCCUGCUUUCCUCGCCUCAUGGACUAGAAGAAGCCGCUACCAGAUUUGUCAAUGAACAUUUCCCCGGUUCAGAAUCUCCGCUCAGGUUAUUUAACCUUUCACCUUCACCCUAUCCUGAACCUCAUAACCCUCCUAGUUGGGAUGAUCCCCCACCCCGUUCAGAGUCCCCUGGCUCACUGGGAACUCGGUGGAGGGCGAAAAGGCGCAAGCUAGACUCAGACGAUCACCGUGAAGGGCUGAAAGGCUUUACCUAUGGCCAUUAUGGCCAGGUUGUUCCAGGGUUGUUGAAGAUGGAAAUCGAGAGCUGUGAUGGGGGAACAUAUUACGACGAGAACGGAGAUAGCUCGUGGCCGGGGAACGUCCUAUUGAAUGAUGCCUCGGUCUAUUGCACGAAAAAGAGUAACUGCAAUCUGAUAUUGAAGCACCGUGGUGAAACCCCCUUCUCUCUGAAAAAGAUCAUCAUUAAAGCACCAAAGAAAGGCUUUGACGCGGCGAUCCAAGAGGGUAUGGUAUUCGUUUCUAUGACCUCCGAGGAACUUUUGGAGCGAACUGCUCGAUAUCAAAUUCACUAUGAAUCUCUAAACAGAAGAUGCCAUCGACCUAGACGACAAUACAGCCAGCCUUCACAUGAGUACAUGAACGCAUAUCGAUCUCCCCUUCAAGUAAUCGAAAGGUCGGAUAGCUCUGUUGGCGAUUCCGGCGUACAAACCGAAUCUCAGGACCCCUUCGCUACUCCUGAGACUACAGAACCGCAGUUCAGAGUUACUACAGAGCAUGACGACAACUCAGAUGGUGGGCCAAAUGAUAAUCAAGAGAACGACGAAUUUCCGUCAGCAACCGAAAUAGAACUCAUGAAUUUUGGAGAGGAUGGCGAAUUAUUCUGCCCGGAAGAAGGAGACGAGAGCGAUGAUGAUGAGGCGUCCGUGUUCAAUCAGGAUCGUUUUGAGAUGCGCCGACGCUUUCGAGACCACCACAAUCAACAUGGCGCUGGCCGUACUCGCUUAGCUACGCCCAGUCGAAUUGUACCAACAGCAAGUUUCGGAGAAUUUACAUCUCAGGAGUCCGACGUCAUAAAACCCCAUGCACAAUUCUUCAUUAAGCGUGAGAACAGCAUGGUUAGCAUUAAAUUUGAUCCUCCGCCAUCCGGUCGCUUCAUUUUGAUAAAGCUGUUUAGUCCGCGUAGCGGAGGGAAUAUCGAUAUUGAAAGUAUAAUGGUUCACGGAUUCGCAGGAACUCGAUACUUUCCAUCGCUUGAAUUUCGAUAAGCCACCUAGCUAUUCUACUACCCAUAUAAAUGGCCAUUCAUCGCAAGACUCUAGACCCAAACUUAUACCAAAACUAUCCGUCAAAAUCGAUGUCUUAGAAGUAGAGGUAUCAGUUCGAGGUAAACACUACGACGGAAAUUUUCGAUACACUGGAUAUUCUUAGAGUCCUCUGAACCCUUUUCACUUUGUACUUCUAAAGACUGGUACAAUGUAUGAAAUUCCAUUGAACAUGUCGGGUUUUCAUAGGUGGUAUUUACUCUCUGUGAAAGUACCAAUCAAUCACUUAGAAAGCGUUAAUCUGUCAGGCAAGAAAUAAAGUCAACCAAACAAUUCUACAGUUCUACGAAGAUUAUAAUAAAGGAAGAGUCUCCAAA